AUGCUUUUGCUGCUUUCCCUGCUUCUGCUCGAGCUGGCUGCCAUGCCACUGCCGGCAGCCUCUGAGGCACUGCCCGGCUGCCCCUCAUCGUGCGGCGCCGUCGAUAUCCCGUACCCGUUCGGUAUCGGCCGCAACUGCUCCAUCAACGACAGCUUCACCCUCGACUGCAACCGCACAAGUGACGGCACCGGCGAGGUGCCUUUCCAAGGGGACGUCGAGAUUGCGGAGAUCUUCCUGGCGCAGGGCCGCGCCCGGCUGCUGAACCAAAUCUCCUCCCAGUGCUACGACCCCACCACCGACUCCAUCUCCAGCAACUUCUGGUACCUCCAAAUGGCCGACGCCUACACCUUCUCCGACACCCUCAACAAGUUCACCGUCCUUGGUUGCCAGACCCUGGCCUACAUCGAAGGCGACAAGGGCAGUACGGAAGGCGUCGGCGGCUACCAGACCGGCUGCGUGGCAGUAUGCCACAGCGAGGGAAGCCUGAGCAACGACACCUGCGCCGGCAUCGGGUGCUGCCAGACGGCCAUCCCUAGGGGGCUUCAGUACUACGAGGUGUCCUUCGACGCCGACUUCAACACUUCACAUAUCUACAACUUCACCCGUUGCAGCUACGCAGUGCUGAUGGAGGCAGAGGCGUUCCAGUUCCGGGCGUCCUUCAUCACCACGGACGACUUCCUGGCGAUCAACAGCGGCCGAGGAGUGCCACUGAUGUUGGACUGGACGGUCCAGACGGAGACGUGCGCGCAGGCCAGGCGCAACGCGAGCUCCUACGCGUGCAAGAGCGACAACAGCGAGUGCCUGGACUCUGUUAACGGCAAGGGCUACCUCUGCAAUUGCACCGGCGGCUACAAAGGGAAUCCUUAUCUCCCAAAUGGAUGCCAAGAUAUCGACGAGUGCGCCGGCGAGGAAGAUAGGAAGCCGUGCACGGGGAUCUGCCGAAACUUGCCGGGCAAGUACGAGUGCUUUUGCCCGCGGGGGAGCCAUGGCAACCCCAUCAACGGAACAUGCUUGCCGAGAGCAACGCUCCCCUUAGCCGCGACGUUGACGAUAUGUAUAACAAGUAGCAUAGUCCUUUUGUUAAUCAGUAGCAUGUGUAUCUUUAUGAUAUACGAAAGAAAGAAAUAUGUGAAGGCGAAACAACAACAUUUUAAAGAACAUGGAGGUUGGAAAUUACUAGAAGAAAUCAAAGGAAAGCAAGGCCUUAGAUUUAAGAUAUUCAAGAUAAACGAACUAGAAGAGGCAACAAAUAAAUUUGAUGAGACUAGAGUCCUUGGGCGUGGAGGGCAUGGGACUGUUUAUAAAGGAAUUUUGGAAGAUGGUCAUGUCAUUGCCAUAAAGAAAUCAAAGUUUAUUGAUGAGAGCCAAAAAAAUGAAUAUGGAAAAGAGAUGCUUAUCUUGUCACAGAUCAACCACAAAAAUAUAGUCAAGAUCUUAGGUUGUUGCCUUGAAGUGGAGGUUCCUAUAUUGGUUUAUGAGUAUGUCCCCAAUGGAACCCUUCAUCAUCUAAUCCACGAAAAAAGCAAGAUAUCUCCCUUUUCCUUGAGUGCUCGCCUAAGGAUUGCUUAUGACUCUGCUGAUGCAUUGGCCUACUUGCAUUCAACAGCUUCACCUCCAAUCAUUCAUGGAGAUGUGAAGUCUUCCAACAUACUUUUGGAUGAAAACUACAUGGCUAAAGUUUCAGAUUUCGGAGCUUCAAAGCUAGUGCCUAAAGAUGAAAAUCAGCUUGCAACCUUGGUGCAAGGAACUUGUGGUUAUCUAGAUCCUGAGUAUCUUCAAACAUGCAAACUAACUGAUAAAAGCGAUGUCUAUAGUUUUGGUGUCGUUCUUCUUGAGCUAUUGACAGGUAAAAAGGCAAUUUAUUUUGAAGACUCUCGACAAGAGAGAAAUCUUGCAUCGACUUUUCUUUUGUCUAUGAAGGACAAUCGACAUUAUGAGAUCUUGGACAAUGAAGUAAAAAAUGAAGGAGAUAUACAACUAAUUCAAGAACUCAGUGAUCUUUGCAAGCAAUGCCUAAAAAUUAGUGGAGAAGAAAGGCCCACCAUGAAAGAAGUUGCACAAGUGUUGAACAGAUUGAUGAAAUUCAAGCAGCAUCCAUGGAUACAGGAGAAUAAUGAGACAAAGAUAUUACUUGUUUAA